UGCUGUAUUCGAUAACCAAUUUCGUCGCGUGAGUUCGACUUUGUGAAAAACGUCAGUUAAUCGUAAGAUAAUUCAUCAAGAAGUACACUUUACUCUAUAGCCAUGGCUGAUGCUACGGCCAGGUCAUUACAAUAUGAGUAUAAAGCGAACUCCAAUCUUGUACUUCAAGUCGAUCGCUCGCUGGUUGAGCGAAGAAAUCGUGAUGAAGCCACCGGUGAAGUGAUGAGUUUGGUUGGCAAGCUGGGCCACAGUAAGAUGGGAGACAGAGCUCAAAGGACCAGACCACCUCAGCAGAAAGAGAAGGAGGCAAAGAGGAAGAAACGAGACGAAGCUCGUUACGACAUGAAGAAGUUCAAAGGUCAAACCCUCCUGUCUGCUGGUGUUGAAGACAUUGUUGGAAUCUACUACAGACCAAAGACACAGGAAACCAGAGGAACCUAUGAAGCAUUACUCAGUUUCAUUCAAGCUGCUAUUGGAGAUCAGCCUCGUGACAUCCUCUGUGGAGCUGCUGAUGAAGUCCUUGCCACCCUGAAGAAUGAACACAGUAAGAACAAAGACAAGAAGAGGGAGCUGGAGCAGUUAUUAGGAACUUUGGCUGAAGAGAGGUUUGCCCUGCUUGUUAACCUGGGCAAGAAGAUCACAGAUUAUGGAGCAGAGAAGGAGAAGAAAAAUAUAGAUGAUGACAUUGAUGAAACCCUUGGUGUGAACGUCCAGUUUGAGGAGUCUGAUGAUGAAGGAGCCGAUGAUGAAGAUGUUGGUGAGAUCAAGGAGGAAGAGUCAGAUGAAGAGGAAGGAAUGGAAGAUGCUGAUGUCAAAUCAACCCUCAAGACAAGUCUUGGUGGUGGGGAUGAUGUCCUAAUGGCUGCCAAGAAGGGUCUCCACCCUCGUGACAUUGAUGCCUUCUGGCUUCAGAGGCAGUUGGGUAAAUUCUAUGAUGAUCCUAACAUCUCACAAGCAAGGUCAGCAGAAGUCUUAGAGAUUCUCAAGAAUGCAACUGAUGAUGGCCAGUGUGAGAAUCAGCUUGUUAUGCUUCUUGGAACCACUCAGUUUGAAUUCAUCAAGCUCUUGAGACAGAACAGAAUGAUGAUCCUUUGUUGUACGCUGUUGGCCAAAUCCCAAACGGUGGCUGAGAAGCAACAGCUGGAGGAUCAGAUGAAGCAAGACCCAGAGCUAGCGGCGAUCCUCCAAGCCCUCACUGAGACCGAUAAAGAGGAUAUCAUCAAGGAAGAAAGAGCUCGGAAGGCUGCUGCCAGACAGAGCAGGGUUGAUGCAGAUCUUGAUGCCAUGGAAGUUGAUGAUGAUGAUAAUACAAUGCUUCCAGAGAAGUUGAUUGAUCUGGAGGAUAUAGCCUUUGCUCAAGGCAGUCAUCUGAUGGCAAACAAACGAUGUCAGCUUCCUGAUGGUUCCUAUCGUAAACAGAGGAAAGGAUACGAGGAAGUUCAUGUACCAGCUCUCAAGCCAAAGCCAUAUGAAGAUGAUGAGUCACUGGUGCCGAUCGAUCGCCUACCCAAAUAUGCCCAGCCAGCGUUUGAGGGAUUUAAAAGUCUGAAUCGUGUUCAGAGCAGACUGUAUAAAGCUGCUUUAGAGACCGAUGAAAACCUGCUACUCUGUGCCCCAACUGGUGCUGGUAAGACCAAUGUUGCGUUGCUGACCAUCUUGAGGGAGAUCGGUAAGAACAUCAAUCUUGAUGGCACCAUCAACACAUCAGCCUUUAAGAUCAUCUACAUUGCUCCCAUGAGGUCACUUGUACAGGAGAUGGUUGGAAACUUUAGGAAGAGGCUGGAUUCGUAUGGCAUCACGGUAUCUGAAUUGACCGGUGACCAUCAGCUGACCAAGGAUCAGAUCACGGCUACACAGAUCAUUGUAUGUACCCCAGAGAAAUGGGAUAUCAUCACAAGGAAAGGAGGAGAGAAGACCUACACACAGCUGGUCAGACUCAUCAUCAUUGAUGAGAUUCAUCUCCUUCAUGACGAUCGUGGUCCAGUCUUGGAAGCAGUUAUUUCAAGGACAAUUCGUAACAUUGAGACCUCCCAGGAAGAUGUCCGUUUGGUUGGUCUGAGUGCAACCCUACCAAACUACCAGGACGUGGCUGGAUUCAUGAGGGUCAAGCCAGACAAGGGACUGUUUUUCUUUGAUAACAGCUUCCGUCCCGUCCCGCUGGAGCAACAGUACAUUGGUAUCACAGAGAAGAAGGCUCUCAAGAGGUUUCAGCUCAUGAAUGAGAUCGUCUACGAGAAGGUUAUGGAUAAUGCUGGCAAAAACCAGGUACUUGUGUUUGUGCAUUCUCGUAAAGAGACCGGUAAGACUGCUAGAGCAAUCAGAGAUCUGUGUUUGGAACAGGACACCCUUGGUCAGUUCUUGAGGGAAGGUUCAGCCUCCACUGAGAUCUUGAGGUCUGAAGCAGAACAUGCAGAGAAUUUGGAACUGAAGGACCUUCUUCCCUAUGGCUUUGCCAUGCAUCACGCUGGAAUGACCAGACUUGACAGGACACUGGUAGAAGAUCUGUUUGCCGAUCGUCAUAUCCAGGUGUUGGUUUCCACUGCAACCCUUGCCUGGGGUGUCAACCUCCCUGCUCAUACUGUCAUCAUCAAGGGAACUCAGAUCUAUAAUCCAGAGAAGGGUCGAUGGGUGGAACUUGGACCUCUUGACGUACUUCAGAUGUUGGGAAGAGCAGGGCGCCCUCAGUAUGAUACGAAGGGAGAGGGUAUUCUUAUCACCAGCCAUAGUGAGCUUCAGUAUUAUCUCUCACUGCAGAAUCAGCAGCUACCAGUUGAGAGUCAGUUUGUGAGUAAGCUUGCUGAUAACCUCAAUGCCGAAGUGGUCCUCGGUAACAUCCAAACAAUGAAAGAUGCUGUAACCUGGCUGGGAUACACCUAUCUCUACAUCCGUAUGAUGCGUAAUCCUACACUGUACGGAAUCCCAGGAGAUUCCAAGGAUACAGAUCCAGACCUUGAUCAAUUCAGGAUAGACCUGAUCCAUGCUGCUGCUAUCGCUCUUGAUAAGAACAACCUGCUCAAGUAUGAUCGCAAGUCAGGCAACUUACAAGUUACUGAACUUGGCCGCAUUGCCAGUCACUACUACUGCACCAACGAUUCUAUGUCAACCUACAACAGUCUACUGAAACCAACCUUGAGCGAGAUUGAUCUCUUCCGUGUCUUCUCUCUAUCAUCAGAGUUUAGGCAUAUGGUCGUCAGAGAGGAAGAGAAGAUGGAGCUGACCAAGCUACUAGAGAGGGUUCCUAUUCCUAUCAAGGAGAGUAUAGAGGAACCAAGUGCAAAGGUGAAUGUAUUGCUUCAGGCAUACAUUUCUCAACUGAAGCUAGACGGCUUUGCUUUGGUAGCUGAUAUGGUCUUUAUCACACAGUCUGCUGGACGAUUGGUAAGGGCCAUCUUUGAGAUCGUUCUUCAUCAUGGAUGGGCUCAGCUGGCAGAUAAGACUCUCUCACUGGCCAAGAUGAUUGACAAGAGAAUGUGGCAGUCGAUGAGCCCCCUCCGUCAGUUCCGUAAGAUUCCCGAGGAGGUCGUGAGGAAGAUUGAGAAGAAGAACUUUCCAUGGGAGAGGUUCUUUGAUCUAGGACCCAAUGAACUUGGAGAGUUCAUCCGUAUGCCAAAGAUGGGAAAGACUAUCCACAGAUACAUUCAUCACUUUCCACGGUUGGAGCUAGCUACUCACAUCCAACCCAUCACAAGGAGUACAUUGAGAGUAGAGCUAACCAUCACACCUGACUUCCAAUGGGAUGAGAAGAUACAUGGAAACUCUGAGGCCUUCUGGAUUCUUGUUGAAGAUGUAGACAGCGAGAUCAUCCUUCACCACGAGUACUUCCUACUCAAGAGCAAGUUCGCCCAAGAUGAGCACAUUGUCAAAUUCUCUGUUCCAGUCUUUGAGCCUCUCCCUCCUCAGUACUUCAUCAGGGUAGUCUCCGACAGGUGGAUCGUUUCCGAGACACAGCUACCUGUGUCCUUCCGUCAUCUGAUCCUCCCUGAGAAGAACCUUCCUCCUACAGAGCUCCUAGAUCUUCAAGCCUUGCCUGUGUCAGCUCUUAGGAACCCAGCCUUUGAGAAUCUCUACAGCAGCAAGUUCUCAGUCUUCAAUCCUAUCCAGACACAAGUGUUCAAUGCUGUGUACAAUGGAGAUGACAAUAUCUUUGUUGGCGCCCCCACUGGCAGCGGGAAGACAAUCAUUGCCGAGUUGGCCAUCCUGCGUAUGUUGCUUCAAUCAUCAGAAUGUAGAUGUGUCUACGUCACACCUUUAGAGGCUCUUGCUGAACAGAUGUACAAUGAAUGGCAUCUCAAGUUCCAGAUGCAGCUUGGUAAGAAGGUGGUACUCUUGACUGGUGAGACCAGUACUGAUCUCAAGCUCCUAGCCAAGGGUAAUGUCAUCAUCAGUACACCGGAUAGAUGGGAUGUGUUGUCACGACGAUGGAAACAGCGUAAGAAUGUCCAGAACGUCAACCUCUUCAUCAUUGAUGAGCUGCACUUGAUUGGUGGGGACAAUGGGCCUGUUCUUGAGGUGAUCUGUUCCAGGAUGCGGUACAUCUCAUCUCAGAUUGAGCGUAACAUUCGUCUUGUAGCCCUGAGUUCAUCCCUAGCCAAUGCUAAGGAUAUUGCUCAGUGGCUAGGAGCUAGCCCUACAAACACCUUCAACUUCCAUCCCAAUGUGAGACCGGUUCCUCUAGAGCUUCACAUCCAGGGAUUCAACAUCACUCACACCGGAUCACGUCUCAUCGCCAUGGUGAAGCCCACAUACAAUGCCAUCAUCAAGCAUUCCCCUACCAAGCCUGUCAUCGUCUUCGUACCGUCUCGUAAGCAGACCAAGCUGACUGCCAUUGACCUCUUGACCUACGUGACGGCGGAGGAUGGUUCUGAGAGUCGGUUCCUCCACGUCGAUAAAGACGAUCUAGCUGCUCAUCUCAGCAAAGUAUCUGAUGAGACACUGCGAGAGAUGCUGAGUAACGGUAUCGCCUACCUCCAUGAAGGUCUCUCUGAGAUUGAACAGAAGGUUGUAGAACAGCUCUAUAUGUCUGGAGCAGUGCAGGUUGUGGUAGCAUCUAGGAUGAUGUGCUGGGGAAUGACUCUCAAUGCUCAUUUGGUGGUUGUCAUGGAUACGCAGUACUAUAAUGGCAAGAUACAUGCGUAUGUUGACUACCCAAUCACUGAUGUACUCCAAAUGACCGGAAGGGCUAACAGACCAGAGAUUGAACAUGAAGUGAGUAAGUGUGUAGUCUUGUGCCAAGGCUCCAAGAAGGAUUUCUACAAGAAGUUCAUGUAUGAGCCCCUGCCAGUCGAGUCUCAUCUGGAUCAUUGCCUCCAUGAUCACUUCAAUGCCGAGGUCGUUACCAAGACGAUAGAGAACAAACAGGAUGCUGUUGAUUACCUGACAUGGACGUUCAUCUACAGGCGAAUGACACAGAACCCUAACUACUACAACCUACAAGGUAUGACCCAUCGCCAUCUUUCGGAUCAUCUCUCUGAGUUGGUUGAGAACACACUCCAAGACCUUGAACAUUCCAAGUGCAUCAGCAUCGAGGAUGAGAUGGACAUCAGUCCUUUGAACCUUGGUAUGAUUGCGGCAUACUACUACAUCAACUACACCACGAUAGAACUCUUCAGCAUGUCACUCAACAACAAGACUAAGAUCAAGGGUUUGAUUGAGAUCAUCUCGUCGGCAGCGGAAUAUGAGAACAUUCCCAUCAGGCAUCAUGAGGACUCUAUGCUCAAACAGUUGGCAAGCCGUACACCAAACAAAGUGAGCAACCCUCGUUACAACGAUCCUCAUCUCAAGACAAACCUUCUUAUCCAAGCUCAUCUUGGCAGGAUGCAACUAUCAGCUGAGUUACAGUCUGAUACAGAAGACAUCCUGAAUAAGGCUCUACGUUUGAUCCAAGCUUGUGUGGAUGUGUUGAGUAGCAAUGGAUGGCUAUCCCCUGCCUUAGCAGCCAUGGAGCUUGCACAGAUGGUCACACAAGCUAUGUGGAACAAGGACUCCUAUCUCAAACAACUCCCUCACUUUGGGGUAGAACUCGUCAAGAAAUGCACAGAGAAGUCAAUAGAGAGUAUCUUUGAUAUCAUGGAGAUGGAGGAUGAAGAGAGACAUGAGCUUCUUCAGAUGACCGACGCCCAGAUGGCUGAUGUAGCUAGGUUCUGUAACAGAUAUCCAAACAUCGAACUCAUGUAUGAUGUACAGGAUAAGGACAGUCUGGAGAGUGGUUCACCUGUUGUUAUCAUGGUAACAUUAGAGAGAGAAGAUGAGAUCACUGGACCUGUUGUAGCUCCCCUCUUCCCUCAGAAACGAGAGGAGGGUUGGUGGGUUGUCAUCGGUGAUACCAAGACCAACAGUCUCAUCUCCAUCAAGCGUUUGACCCUUCAACACAAGGCCAAGGUCAAGCUGGACUUCGUAGCUCCUUCCCCCGGCAGUCAUCAUUACACCAUCUACUUCAUGAGUGAUGCCUACAUGGGAUGCGAUCAGGAGUACCAGUUCGACAUCGAUGUCAAGGAGCCUGGUAGCGACGCAAGUGGAGAGAGCGAUGAGAGCUCGGAUGAGGAGUAGAUGGAAUAUUUUGGUUACUGUCAUCAGUGAUCAAGCAUCUGGGAGCUGUUCUAUUGACAUUUUGUUGUCGGACAAGUUGUCAGACUGUUACCAUUUUAACUGUCGGAUGUCAGUGUGAAAAGUUUUCAUGAAAGUCCCUUUGUAUACUGACUCUGAAAGCUAUUUUGGAGAUAACAAAGAGAUAUAGAGUAUGCGAAAUAAUAAAAAAAUUAAUUGCUUGUACAAUAUCCAUGACCCCUCUUUUCAGAUUCUAAUCUCCAAAGCCAAGUCAGGACAUAGUUGCUCGAUCUGAGUGGGAAGAUUAGGACUACUUAUAUAAUCCAUGAAGAAGACAAAAAUUCAUAUGGCUCUUUGAACAUGGAGAGAUCAAGAAGUUGUGUCUAUCAGGAAAGUAUUUUGCGACAUAUUAGAUCCUUGUUAUUAUAUUCAUAUCAUUGUUGAUAUGCUAGGCUUAUGUCUAUUUCAUGAGAAUUUUGUUCUCAGAGAAAUGGGUACGAGAUCAGUGAUCAUCAAAGAUAAUGAUGUUAAUCAUGUAAUCACAAAAAUUCUUUCUUUUUCUUCCACGAUCAGUAGCUGUCUUAUGAUUAAGUAACAAUGUUACACGUCUCAAACGAUGACUUAAUGGCUCGAUUAAUUGAUCAAAUCUUCAGUUUGCUUGUAGCCUUUGGCUUUAGCUUCCAUGCAUCCAGAACUUAUCUAUUUCCUUUUUUCUUCUACAAAUAGAAAGUUGUUCUCAACAGAACAUCUUUUCCCUGCAGGAAGACUUUUCCUGCACUCCUAUACAUGAAGUAUAUAUGUAUAUGGAUUUUAGUAUUAUUCUUCAGUUUAUGGGUAAAAUUAUGUUUGUGGAUUCUGCAAUACCUUCAAUGUUAUUCUGGAAUGGUUGCAGUCAAGGCAAGAUAUCAUUUGCCUCUUUGAGUUUUGAUUAGCCUUUGGCUAAAUGUUAAUAUAACCAUUGAUAUUUCAAGCAAAGUUGCUUCUGUACACUCUGGAAACCCAAUAGAAGUGGCCAUUAUUACUCCCAACACUCCCAACAGCCCUCACUUUUAAAGAUAUCAAUAUCUUAUUGUUGAAUAUGAUGACACUAAUAUUAUAAAUACAAAGUUAGUGAUCAGUAUGGUAUAGUAUUCAUUAAAUACCCACAUCUCUUUAAGAAUAUCAUGCAGGAAUAACUCUGCUUUAAAUCAUAAAAUGUAGCAAAUUGUCAGACAGUAAUACUCAAUAACAUCUUGUAAAUGAUACAGAUGUAAGAUUAAUUAUUAGCAUUGCCUUUUGUCUAUAUUGGAAACUCUAAAGGCGCUAUUGAAUAAUCCCAUAUUUUCUUGUCAUACAAAUGUAAAUGUAUACAUUAUUUUCAUAGUGAUUGUCAUGUACAUAAUGUAUCACUUCAAUGGUCAGAUCAUGCUCAAGGGACAUACAAUACUACCCAUUCACCAAUUUUAUUGUGUGGAGUAGAAAUAUUGAAUAAUUUAUGAAGUGUGAGAUACUUCAGUGCUUGGAACAUAAAAUGUGCAGGUAUAUGAUGGUUCCUUGUCAUACAUGUUCAUUUAUACCUCGGUCCCAGUGUCAUACGAUCCUUUACGAACGCCGCAACUGGCCUUUUGUAACUGGAUGCAGAAAUUUUUUAACUGUUGGAAAAAUUUCUAUUAUGGUCAAUAUGAUUUCCACAACUGAUGUGAUACUAUCACUACGAUUAAGACCAUGGUUUCAAUUGUUGUGCAAAUUGUGACAGUAUGCACUAGAUAUUAGAAAAAACAAAAUUAAGGGAUUAAAAAAUGGGCACUUAAUAUCUGACAUAUAGAUAGACAUAAAUCAAAAGGCCUUUGAAUAUUGGAAACCAGAAAGAAAUUUACAUUGAACUAAUCCUGUCAAUGUUUCCCCUUUUGCUCCAUUUGAAUUUGCUUUGUUCGUGAGGGUUUUAUUAUUUGUAGCUGUUUUUGUGUGAGAUGUAAUUUAUGAUGAAUUUGUCAAAUUUGUACAGACUUUUUUUCAGAAUUAUGUACAGAAUAAAAGUGAUGUCACUGAA